AUGGGUAAAGUAACCAAGAAAAGUAUCAACAAUGCUCAACGAAAGGGUCAAAACAAAAAGAAAAGUGAAGAGAGAUCGUCAAAGGCAAAUGUUCGUUCUGUAAGUCGCCCAAGGAUUGCUUCUAUACCAAAAAAUGAAACUCCGAUGGUUCCGGAAAUUAUCAUUCCUUCAAAUGAAACUCCGAUGGUUCCGGAAAUCAUCAUUCCUUCAAUACCGAUUCCUAUUUUAAGUAAUAAACAUGAAUCAGAGAAGAUGCCAUUACAAAAUCAUCAUGAUCACGCACAUGCAGAUGUUCAGGAACGUUCAGUACGUUCAAAUGAAGAUCACACACAUACAAAUGAUGAUCAAAUUGAUCAGCAAGCAAGUUCAAAUGUUCAGGAUGAUCCGGCGCAUCAAAAUGCUCAGAAACAUUUAAAUGAAGAUCAGCCAAUCACAGAUGUUCAACAAACUCGUCCAGCAAGUUCAAAGGAUGAUCAGGAUGUUCAGAAACACUUAAAUGAAGAUCAGCCAAUCAUAGACGUUCAGCAAGCACGUCAAGGACGUUCAAAUCUUCAGGGACGUCAGGCACGUUCAAAUCUUAAGAGACGUCAGGCACGUCAAAAUAUUCAGGCACGUUCAAAUCUUCAAGCUCAAGAUCUUCACGCACUUCCAAAUCUUCAGACACAUUCACCAAAUCUUCAAGCACGUCAAAAUGUUCAAGAACUUUCAUAUGUUCACAUAAAUCCAAAUGUUCAGCCAAAUAUUCAAGGACGUUCAUAUGUUUACGUACAUCCAAAUGUUCAGCCAAAUGUUCAGGCAC